AUGGGGGCGGACUCUUGCGCCAGUGUGCGCAGCCUUGCGGGUCGGAGGUUGCGCAGGGCUUCACCGGCAGUGACGGAAGUCUGUGGGAAAGCUUGUACAGGGAAGGGGCGAAAACAGCAGGAACAGGGUUUUCGCAGAACCCCUGCCCGGGAGUUUUACACAGGGGGCUCUUGCCUCAGUAGCGCGGGUUUCACCAGGUUUCAGAACCGUUGGCGGUACCUUCUGUAUGAUGUCAAUCCCCCGGAAGGCUUCAACCUUCGCAGGGACGUCUAUAUCCGUGUUGCCUCCCUCCUGAAGACUCUGCUGAAGACGGAGGAGUGGGUGCUUGUUCUGCCCCCGUGGGGCCGCCUCUAUCACUGGCAGAGUCCUGACAUCCAUCAGGUCCGGAUUCCCUGGUCUGAGUUUUUUGAUCUUCCGAGUCUCAAUAAAAACAUCCCAGUCAUUGAGUAUGAGCAGUUCAUUGCAGGAGAAUGUGUGGCAUGUGGUGUCGACUUCGUGGGGUCUCAAUGUCUGGCACAGGACAGGGAGUCUGGUGGCCCCUUUAUCGACCAGGUCUACGUCCUGCAGAGCUACGCAGAAGGCUGGAAAGAAGGCACCUGGGAGGAGAAGGUGGACGAGCGGCCGUGCCUCGACCAGCUCCUGUACUCGCAGGACAAGCAUGAGUACUACAGAGGAUGGUUUUGGGGUUAUGAAGAAACCAGGGGUUUAAAUGUUUCCUGUCUGUCCGUCCAAGGAUCGGCUUCUAUUGUAGCACCUGUGCUUCUGAAAAACACUUCAGCCCGGUGA